GACUCUUCCCCCGACAAGCCCCCUAAGCCACCGGCUCUCUCCCCCCUUUAAAACCCGGUGAGAUCUUGAUGAAAUUCCUUCCUUUUCUGGUUCAAUCACAAGAUUUAGGACCUAAAGAUCCCUCCUAAACCCAGAAAUUUCCAGACUUGCUCUGUUCUCCUCUCCCUCUGUCCGUCCGUGAGCUGCAACUUGUGCGAAUUUCUGGGCAGUUUUUUUUGUUUUCAUGAUUUCUUCUCCAGUCUCCGUCGGCCUCCAUACCUGCCAGCUCCGGUUUUGGCUGCUGGGAACAUUCUGGUAUGUUGAUGGCAUCCUUAAGUCCGAAAAUGGUUAAUUAGUUGUUGUUUUGGCCAGAUUUUGUCCAUGUAGAGGCUGCUCUGUGUUGUCCGAACCGAAACCCUGCUGGAAAAUGGGAGAAUUCCGGUAGCAUUAAGCAUGAGUUUUUCUAGCUUAAUUCAUGUAGAGUUUUCUGUGAUUGGCUGCUGUUGGGUGGCGGUAAUUCUGUUAUUUAAUGUCUGAAAAAUCUGUUGUUUUAAGUCUGGAUUUUUAUCAAUUAAUUGCGGUUGCACAAGGGAGAAUUCCGGCAGCCUUUGAAACGUGUUUGGGUUUAAUUCAUGUCAAAAUUCUUUGAUUCGACUGCUGUGGUGUUCAGUAUGCAUAGCCGGGUCUUAAUCACUGUUUUGCCAAAGCUCUGUUUUUCCAUUUCUUGUCCGUGAGAUUGAGUAUUAUAAUUUUAAUUAGAAAAAAAUUGGAUUUUGGGUAGACAUAUGGUUUGGAAUACAAGUGAGUUUGAUAUUUGAGGCUAAAUUUGUGUGAAGCUUAUUGAGUAAUAAUUUGUUAUUUUGUGC